AUGUCAAGUUUGUUUCAGUCAUACGUCUUGUGGGUUCGCGAUAAUGCGGAGAAUGCGCUGAGUGUUGAACGUUUCACGCAGCUGGUAGUCAGGAUUGUCACAGACCCGCGCAACUUCAUUACCACAGAAUUUGCGUGGACGCUGGCCAAACUUCACUCGCUUUCGAAUAGGAUGAUCAUCUCCACGGCUGGUAGGCGUGUUGGAUUCACCGAGAAAGUAGCCAUAGUCAUCAAGACGCUGGUGGAAAUUGAGUGUCUGCUGGAACUGGGACUUCGUCGCUUCUUUGGCCAUGAGGCGGCAUGGACUGUCUUGUUGGCGCUUCAGUCCAUCAAGUGCGUUCUUAACAUGCUUGUGCAUCAGCAGCUGUUCCUUGUGCCGUGGAUAUGGGCUGCCGUGCGCCAGCGGCUGCAGCUGAUGCUGCAACAAUUCAUGAGGCUUCCAGAUUACGGCCGACGGAUAUCCUCAGCGGUUGCGGAGGGGUUCAGCGCUUCGCCUGCCACUCAAGUCUCUUUGGCGCCUGUGCGGUCCGGCACAGUUGGUCCAGCGAACGUACGGCUUGUAAUCCCUCGUGUUGCGCUGCGACAGACGCAUCACAGCACCGCAGCGGGGUCUGGCGAAAAGGAGAAUGUUGUGAAAACGAGUGAGUCCCUUCGGUGUACGGGAAUCGAUUUAUUGGGGCUUUUGGUCGAUCUUGUCCUGGUGCUCCGACCGUUAUUGUUGCUGUAUUUUUCCAGGCGUGCGUUCCCGUAUGGGAGAACAGGCAUUGCCACGCUGCCCGUUGCGCCCAUGGCGUCUAGCCACACGCGUAGCAGUGAGAAGGAUGGAACGCCUGCGAUGAAUGAUGCGGAUGACUAUGACGGUCUGUUCCUUGUGCGGGCGGCAAUGAGUGACGGGGUUUCCAAUUCUCUGCUCUCCAGCUGGGGUGUGGGGUUGUCGUUCUUUGGUCUGGACACCGUACUCGCCUUGCUCUCGCGCUACAUCCGUCGUCACCGUGUGCCUGUUGUCUACAUCAACAACAGUGAGACGUGCGACCUUCCGGAGUCCGACGUCGGGGUGAAGGACGGUGAAUUGUCAUCUCGCAGUAAUGACGUCAACAACCACUCACCCCAUCACCUGGGCAACAGCACCAGCGGCAAUCACGCCAGCAGCAACGGCUCAUCUGCGCCCCUGCCACCACUUUUGCCGCGGCCUCCGACGGGUGAUGUGGCAGAGCUCGCCCCUGUUCUCUCACGCGAUAGCCUUCGAGUGCAGCAGAUAGUUCGCAAUAUCGCCUUCUCCUUCCUGCGCGACCCCUUUUUCCCGGCACUGCUGCAGAAGUUUGUGUACGAACAUUUUGUCGUGGGGCGUGUGAACCGCAUUCCGGUUUUAGGGCCAAUUUUUGGAUUUCAGGUCGCCUACUUCCUUUGCAAGCAGCACUACUGCUUCAUGUACCUUCUCGAGUAG